CCCAUCAUUCCCCGAUCCAUACUUCACAGAUGAUGUAGAGGAGAGAGAAAUUGAGGUGACUUGAGAACACAAAGUCAUAUUUGCUGGAAAAUUGACCAAUACAAAACUUAUUAGUAGUCUAGAGAAUUUGCAGCUUGUCUAAAUUGAUCUGCUGCACACAUCUACCCAGAAAUUCCUUGCAAAAGAAAAUUAAGUACCUACAAACAAAACUCCAUUGACGGUUUUGUCAACUUCUACUGCCUAACUUCUUUUGAAACUCACCCCCUUUUUUUAACUACUUAUUAAGUUAGCUCAUUUGCAGCUUAAACUAAUUGAAUCUUCUUUGAUUUACAAAUGAUGAAGAAUCGAGGGAGUGGAAAGAUUUCCACAAAAUGGGUCCCAAUUUUUUGUAUCUCUUUCUUCUUCAUUGGCAUGCUCUUUACUAACAGGUUGUGGGAACCACCAGAAUCUGGAAGCAAGUUGAUUUCAAGUCAUCAGCAGAAUGAAGAGCUCAAAGUGAUUUGUGAAGAUUGUGGGACUAAAAAGAAAAAUAAAGAUGAUACAAAUGUAAUGGAAGAAGUACAGAAAACCCAUGAUGCAAUUAAAAUGAUUAGGUCAUUGGAUAAGUCAGUUUCAAUGCUUCAGAUGGAAUUGGCUGCUUCAAGAAGCUCCAAAGAGCUUGUUCAUCCUAGAGAGUCCAGCAAAACCUCUACUCAAACUGGAAAACCAAAGAAAAAGGUGUUUGUAGUAAUUGGAAUUAACACUGCUUUUAGUAGUAGGAGACGGCGUGAUUCAGUGAGGGGAUCUUGGAUGCCUCAAGGAGAAAAAUUGCAAAAAUUGGAAAAAGAAAAAGGAGUUGUCAUAAGGUUUACAAUUGGUCACAGUGCUACAUCGAACAGCAUUCUAGAUCGAGCUAUUGAUGCUGAGGAGGCUCAGCAUCAUGAUUUUCUCAGGCUGGAGCAUAUUGAAGGAUAUCAUGAAUUGUCUGCAAAAACCAAGAUAUAUUUUUCUACUGCGGUUGCAAAGUGGGAUGCUGACUUUUAUGUUAAAGUGGAUGACGACGUCCAUGUCAAUUUAGGUGUUUUGGCGUCAACUCUUGCUCAUUAUCGAUCAAAACCAAGAAUAUAUAUUGGAUGUAUGAAAUCUGGACCUGUUUUGGCCCAAAAGAAUGUUAAGUACCAUGAACCAGAAUUUUGGAAGUUUGGGGAAGAUGGAAAUAAGUAUUUCCGCCAUGCAACCGGACAGAUCUAUGCCAUCUCCAAGGAUUUGGCAACAUAUAUAUCAAUUAAUCAGCCUAUACUCCACAAGUUUGCGAAUGAAGAUGUAUCCCUUGGUUCAUGGUUUAUUGGUCUUGAUGUGGAGCAUAUUGAUGACCGUAACAUGUGUUGUGGAACUCCUCCAGACUGUGAAUGGAAGGCGCAGGCAGGUAAUGUCUGUGUAGCAUCAUUCGAUUGGAGUUGCAGUGGAAUUUGCCAAUCAGUAGAGAAGCUGAAAUUUGUCCAUGAAAAAUGUGGUGAAGGCGAUGAUGGGAUAUGGGGUGUAAAAACUAAUUAAAUUCAAGCAAAUGCCCGGAACUACUCUGGAAUCUUGAGGCUCGGAUGGAAUAGCUUAUGUUACCACUUACCAGAGACGGAUUAAUACUUGAGAAUGAUACUUGAACACUGAUUUAUUUGUUCAUCAUAUACGAGUGAGAUGAGUAACAAUUUGCUAGAAGAUCUUACGUUGUAUCUGCUUAUAUUAGGUGCAGAAUGUGCAUGUAUUUGUACCAGCACACAAUUGCUGACAUGUAGUAGUUUCCUCAAGUGUGACACAAUUUUGGAUUUCUGUAUAGAUGGGGGCGUGCUUUAGGUUUGCUCUUUGUUUCUUUUUGGUAUGUUGUUAUCCUUCUGAAGCGCCCCAUAUAGGCAAAAUACACGUCUGUUUAUUUUUUUAAUCUUGUAAGCUUAUCUUUGUUGUAAUUGAAUUAAUUGAUAUGAAAAUUUUCUAAUCUAAAAGUAAUUUUCUA